CACAAAUUACCACUUACGCAUUUCACACUGUUUUAUUUUUAGUCUUGCGUGGUUUUACGUUGGUACGAUAAACACGACAAGCCGUUGUCGUAAAUAACCUGAUCAUUGCGCUUUAUCAUGUUAUCGCAUUGUUGUUUGGUGACAUACCGGGUAUUCAGUUUAAGCAAAAUCACGCCAGGCACGACACUGGAUGGUAAUAAUUUAAUACGAAACACAAAAUACCAUAAAGGGUUUUGAGAAAGAAACGAUGUUUCUCUUGCAGGUGACUAUUUGAGGAUGAAUCCAUACUGGAAAAGACAGUCGUGUUUAAAAAUCUAACGCGAACUUAUGUGUGACGUACCGUGGAUUCACAGUGUCUAAAACAUCCUGUAAUGAAAUAUGGAAGCGAGGAGGAAUUCCGCAUACCCCCUUAGUUUGGGAUAAACUCACGUGCCAUAGGAUAGCCUAUAUGACAGAGCUGGAAAAAUGCCAGUUUAGCUCUGCAUGAAGUUUGGAGUUGUCAAAACCAUAUAUGUGGAUAUAUGUGGCGGAAUAUACACCUGAACAAGACAUCAUGGCAGAACUUUAUGAGAAGAGAUAAUCAUUAUUUGGGUAGAUUGAGAGAGGCACAGGGGCUAUGGUGAACUCAUCCCCAGCGGUCGCUGCUCACGCAGAGGGUGAAGAGAUCGAGGUGCUAGAGAGCACUGAUGUCCUUCCUGUAGCUCCAGAGGACCAAUGGAAGUCUCUUUUUGACAAGUAUGAUCCAGAGAAUUCAGGCUUCAUCAGUACUGAGCGUUUCCGAGACCUGCUUGCGGCUCAUGGAUCAGAGCUGGACCCCCACAAGCUGGAGGUUCUUCUUGCUCUGGCUGACGGAAAUGCUGAUGGAAAGAUCUGCUACCAGGAUUUUGUUAACCUGGUGAGUUCUGAAGAUGAACUUGAGAUGAGCAACAAGCGCUCAAACAGUUUCCGUCGAGCGAUCCUGCAGGGGAGUCGGCAGCUCAGGAAUUCCGCUCUGAGAGAGGAAGUGGGUUUGGGUCUGUCUCGGAGACUUGUGCGUCAUGUUGCCUAUGAGACUUUGCCAAGAGAGGUGGACCGCAAGUGGUACUUUGACAGUUACACCUACUGUCCACCACCAUGGCUUAUGCUGGCCAUCACUAUAGCAGAGGUUGUUGUCUUUAUGUAUUACGGAUUCCAACUUAACCGCUGGGUUCUCCAGGUGUCAUCACCAUACUUCCUGAAGGGCCCAUUGCCAUACCACCCACAGCUCAGAGCUCAGGCCUGGCGCUACCUUAGCUACAUCUUCAUGCACGCAGGAAUUGAACACCUGGGUCUAAAUAUGGCCAUGCAACUUUUGGUGGGUGUGCCAUUAGAGAUGGUCCAUGGAGCUUUGAGAAUUGGCCUGGUGUAUGUGUGUGGCGUACUGGCAGGUUCAUUGGCAGUGUCAGUGACAGACAUGACAGCACCUGUGGUCGGUUCAUCAGGCGGAGUCUACGCUCUGGUCUCCGCCCACCUCGCCAACGUUGUCAUGAACUGGUCAGGAAUGAAGUGUCAGUUCAAACUCUUUCGCAUGGCAAUGGCUCUGGUGUGCAUGAGUGUGGAGUUUGGUCGUGCCGUCUGGCUUCGAUUCUAUCCCCCAGCCUUCCCACCAUGCCCUAAUCCCAGCUUUGUGGCCCAUCUGGGGGGUGUGGCAGUGGGCCUCACCCUUGGUGUUGUGGUUCUUCAGAACUAUGAACAGCGUUUGCAGGAACAGUCCUUGUUCUGGAUCUUCUUCAGUGUCUACACACUCUUUAUCCUCUGUGGAAUCUUCUGGAACAUUUUUGCUUACAGUCUCUUGGACGUCAAGUUACCCCCACCUCCAUGAAGCCCAGAGUGUGUAUGCGAAAUGACAGGCAACAUCAUUUAACAGUUGUAAAGGUCAUGAAUGAGAAACAAAUGCUAAGUACCUUACUGCAGUCCUCCUGCAAUUUUGCAGUUUGUGUUAGUGCCUAAACCAUGCCAAGUCAUCAAAGCAGCUAAAACAGCAGAUUCCGAUUUUUCAGCAAUGGUGAAUGUAAAUUUGCAGGAGAAGCUCAAAGGUUGAUGCUUUUUAAAGCUACAUACUUUGUGCCAGCCAUCGAGGGCUAUCAGCGAUAGCACAAGUAUUCAUUUCAAAAUAAAACUUGGGUUUAGUAGCUGCUGCUGGCUAUUCAAGGUGCCAGGUAAAAUCAUUUUCGGUUGUUGAAGGAAUGAAUAUAUUCCUUUAAAGCACAGAAUCCGAGGUUGCAUGAGCAAAGAGAAAUAUCAGUAUUUGAUGGGGACAUUUUAGUAAAUGUUCUAUAUUUUUGUUAACAUCUAAAUAUAAGUACAUGAGGUAGUGUGAGAGCACUGUUACAGCUCAUUGUGUGUGAAGGACCUUUUUUUGAAAGAUAUUUAAGAGUAACCGAAGUAGCAAGGAAACAGCUAGAUUAAUCUCUCUAUCUGUGUUAUUUUCUGAUAAAUGUUUCAAUGUUAAAAGGUCAGUUUCCCUUACCAUUCUCAGUGGCGGUGUGCGACAGGAUUUCCCAUUUUUUAAAAUGUAAAUUAAUAUUAAUCUAAUUAAUAAUGGAUUCUAUUAUAUUUUAUUUCUGAUAGUCAUGUUCCCAUACAACAGGAGAUUUCUCCCUUAUAUAUAAAUGGUUAGUAAUUAACUUGAUAAUUAAUGACAAUAUAAAAUCAUUCUGAUUGGAGUUUGGACUUUCAUUUGUGGGUUUGAAAGUCUGUAACCUGUGGAUUUAAGCACAGCCUUCAUGACAUACUAAAAUAAUACUGAAAGCUAAAUAACUUGAAAUUGUUACCUAAUUUAUGCCAAAGGAAGUCAAAUUAAUAAAUUUUUUCUCCCUUUUUCUCAGCUACAUUGAAUUAUCUGAAUAUUCAUUCUGUCGAUUUACUAGUCAGUGGAGCAUUCACACUGAGACACUGGUAUUCGUUUAGUAAUUGAAACUCCUCUGACAGAUCAACACUGUUCAUUUUUUUUGUUGCUAUCAAGAAAUGUGACUUGCAGUACCACAAAUUGCACACUUGAUUAGAUUUAUUGAAUCAUAUUUGUUUGUAUAUUUAAAUCAUGUGUUAGGGGAAUGGACAGCACGACCAUGGAGUAAUUAGAACUCAAUUUCAAAUCAUUGAUCAACUGAAUAAUAACAAAAAACAAACAAGUAAUUUACUACUAUACAUGUUACAGAUAACUAAAUUGAUCUGUUCUGCUGUUGAAUAUAUAAUAUGUAUUGCAGUAGUUUUUGAAUGAAUUGUGAUUGUGUGACAUCUACUGUACCUCAAAUAUUGUAAGUGGUCUGUGUUAUGAAGUUUAUUUUUGUUGGUGCUGUAAUUUUGGACAGGUUGCUGUCUGUGCCUCUAGUAACUGGUUAGCUCCUCUCAGUUCUCUGCACAGUCAUUCUUUACAGCAAAACUGAUCCUGGUACAGCUUUUGUGUGUACUCUUGAGUAUCUUCUGUCUGUAGUGUGUGUGUGUGUGUGUGUGUGUGUGUGUGUGUGUGUGUGUGUGUGUGUGU